AAACCGGAAGUGGUUAGUUGGAGGGUUGGCGGCGGCUUCUUACGAGUGUUUCUGGCUUCGUUUCUAAGGGGACAGAGGUGCUUGUUGCAGGCGGGUGCCAGCUGUUAACAUGGUGUUUUACUUCACGUCCAACGUUGUCCCCUCUGCUUACACCAUUUACAUGGGAAAAGAUAAAUAUGAAAAUGAAGACCUAAUAAAGUAUGGCUGGCCAGAAGACAUUUGGUUUCAUGUGGACAAGCUCUCCUCUGCUCAUGUCUACCUCAGGCUACACAAGGGGCAAACAAUGGAUGAAAUUCCGAAAGAGGUUUUGAUAGAUUGUGCACACCUGGUGAAGGCCAACAGUAUUCAAGGCUGCAAAAUGAACAAUGUCAACGUUGUGUACACCCCAUGGACUAAUCUAAAGAAAACAGCAGACAUGGACGUGGGACAGAUCGGGUUCCACAGACAGAAGGACGUGAAGAUGUUGACAGUGGAGAAGAAGGUGAAUGAGAUUUUGAACCGAUUGGAGAAGACCAAAACGGAGCGAUUCCCAGACCUGGCUGCAGAGAAGGAGGCCCGUGACCGGGAGGAGAGGAAUGAGAAGAAGGCCCAGAUCCAGGAAAUGAAGCGGAAAGAGAAGGAGGAGAUGAAGAAGAAAAAAGAGAUGGAGGAUCUUAGGAAUUACUCUUCCUUAAUGAAGACUGAAAACAUGUCCUCGAAUCAGGAUGGCAACGACUCGGAUGACUUCAUGUAAAACCAAGGCGGCACUCACCUCUCAGAAGACAGAGAUGAACUGUGACAUCAUAGCUCUUGGAAGCUGAUGGUGAAAAAAAAAACAAGCAAGUGAACCUUGGAAGUCUCCACGCUUGUUUCCUCGCUGGCCAUGCCUGGGAGGAGAUGAGCUAAUUCUCCCAGAGAGAGCCUCUGGGAGCUCUGUCUUGUAAGCCACUAUGGUGUGUGUAUUAUCUGGGGGAUGGGAAGAGGAGGCUUCUUUUGAAAGCUGUUGGGCCAGGCAAGCGUUGCUCCUGCCGUAAGCCUUCCUUGGGAACAGAUCAACUUGGAAAGCUUGGCCAUUAGAACUGCUGACCUGAGGACAUCAUCAUCCUCAUCUUGUGGGGGUGUUCCUUUUUGUGUGUGUGCUAAUUUCAGACUGCACCAGAAUUUUGCUGUCCCUCGAAAACUCCACAGGGAUUUGGUCUUUACACAGCUGCGUUUCCACACUGUAAAAAUGCUUGCCUGGAUCCUUUGCCCAUGGAUGUCACAGCCUCCCCACUGCACUAUUUAAACCUUUGUCGGCCAGAGUUGGGGCAAAGUGCAGAACAGCAGUCAUCGAAAAGCAGCCCUCUAGCAAGUAAGCCAGUCCUGGAACCAUUGUUCGCUCAGCCUGUGUAGCCACUGUGUAGCAUUGGCCUCAAGCGUUCUAUAAAGCCCAACAUCACUGUUUGUUCUGAGGCAAAGCAGCAUGUGCCUGAUGCAUAUAGCCUAUGCUCCUUUGUGGUCUCUCUCCAAUCCCAGCCAUAAAGCUGGCAGCUGCAGGAAUGUUCCAAAACUAUACCAGACAACUGACACUUUCCCCCCACCCCAGGAAGUUCUUGAUUGUCUGCACAAGCCUUGACGGCGGGCCAGCCUGUGAUAACUGCGCUCAGGAAAUGUUCUCUGCAGAGUUUCCCACCACAGCAAGGCUUAGGCCUGGGCCUCCUGCCUAGACAUACAGUGCCAUGAGGGGUCAGAGGCGAUAGACUGGACUGUGCCACUUCAGACUGCAGGUGGUGAGGGAUUAAAUAAUUUCUAGGUCCUCCAUGACAAAGUAGUACAGCAUACAAAGAGCCAGACUAGACUCAGGGAGAAAUAGUCUAACUUAGUCUACGGAUGGUAUGCCAGUUUGCCAUUUUCAAGGAAUUACUGUGGACGAACUGUGAACAGGGCAGUCCUUUCUUACAGUCUGAAGUGGUACUUUCUGUUCUGUCAUCUCGGAAUUCCUGCACUUCAUCCUGCUACAUGUGUUAGACCAGGCCUUGGUGUGUCUCUUUCCUCACCUUAAAGGAACCCUAUUCUUUCUUGUGGAGUUCUUAGUGUAAUCAGGCGUUCUCUUUUGAGCUUUCACAUGAACCCCUGAUGGAAUGAAUAAAAGACAUGGGUGGCUGCCAGGAGGCCUCUGCCACAGAUGAGCAUGAUUGCUCUUUGCUUUGCCUUGGCGAUGAGCCCAUGGUGGGCUCAUGCCUGCAUUGUUUAAACAAUACUGAGCCAGCAUUAUUUUCUUAUUUUUUUUGAUUUACAUUAUUUAUAGUCUGCUUUUCUCACUUGGACUCAAAGGUGGAUUAUGCAGAGGUCAGUACAAUCGACAGGAUGGGACAUUCAAUGAACAAUGCAAUAGGAAUUAGAGCUGUAGAACCAAACAGAACCGAAGCAAAGCAUAAGUUUUAACAUGACACAUUAAAUGAUGCAAAAUUUACAUAGUAGGAUCUUAGUUUCAUCCAGCUGUACACAGUAGUAUGGACCACAGUCCCUAAUAAUUUAUCCAAGUAACUUUUUGAAACAUUUAGCACAGGGCAUAUCGCAAUUGUUCUUCUAAGCUUAGAUUUGGGUAGAAAGUGCUGGCUGCCAUUAUUGCUGAUCGGUUUAUGCAGUGCUGAAGAAACCUGGCUUGGAGUCCAUGGAUCAAGCGUGCUUGAUGGUGGCACUUUCCUCCAGCGCAAGGGUUACCGUGUUGGGGAAAGUUCCAUGGGCUGGGGGAACAUGCUCCUGUUAGUGGAUGAUCCAUGGUGCCCAGCCCCGUGUAUUCAGUCCCAGCUCUUCCAACAUCAUAGAAUGCACAGAAGAGCUCAGGGUGGGGCCUCAGCCCAUUCCAGUCCACCCCAUCAUGGCUGGUCUGUUUCCUGAACUGUCCCUAAAGGAGCGUUCUAAGCAGUCCAACAAUCUGGGCCGAAACCGCUGAAGAGUUGAAACAGGAUCAACAAUUGGGCGAUCUAUACUGUCAAGCAGCAAAUUCUAAGAAACAUGUGAGAAGGUUAACACCUGUUAGGCUGCUAGUUCUGUUACUGGCACAGUGAAUGGAUUAUUAAAAAUGUGGUUUGUGGCAGAGAUAAAACUCAGAAGCCUCUGAAGUCAUGCGCAGAACUGUCAAAGAGUCUCCUUUUUAAGCAAGAGUGCCAGUUCCUUGGCUAGAGCAAGAUUGGCUAGAUUAUCUGGAGCUGCCUCUGUGUGUAGGCACAUGAUCUGCAUGUGUCAGAGAACACUGGCUACAGAUUUUUCCUAUUGGACUUGGUGCUAGCAUUUCUUCGCAGUAGUGGCCAUUUCUAUUUCCUGGGGUGCACUUUGGACCCCUUUAAGCAUGGAGCAGGUGGGAAAGUCUGCCUUUCCAAAUCUGAAGUGUUACAUGAAUGCUGUUAUGCCUAGAGUGAUCACGGUGAAGACUGGAACAGCUUAUGUACAUACACUAGAAUUAAACACAUUGUUUUAUUGGAAAG